AACUCAAGAAAUUUAUAUUUGGAAUAUUUCAAUUUAUAUUUUAUAUCAAAUCUGUAAAAUGAAUAUUGGGCUCUUUGAGUACUUCAACACGACAAAUCAAACGUCGCCCCACUGUGAGGCGCACCUGAAUUUCGCCAAGCCGGUGGCGCAGCAUCGAUGCGAAAGGCUGACGUUGCUGGACAAAAGUCGACGCUGCGACUAUGCCAGGAAUAGUGAAGCGUGUCUGUCCCGUAUGUUCAUGUUGAAUUACAACUCGUUCUUCUACUGCGGUUGCGAUGACAACCAUCUAUUCCGAUUUAUGUGCAUCGUAUUGCUGCUCAUUGUCAGUUCCUUGCUCUUUUGGGUCAUAUACUUUACCACGAAAAACUUCUUUGUGCCUGCUUUAACGGGCAUAUCGAAAAUGCUGAACAUGAAUGAAUAUAUCGCUGGACUGACCAUACUGACACUCGGCAAUAAUGCUCCAGACAUAUUCAGUGGCGUUGUUGCAAUAAACUCGGACUCGCGUCACAUCUAUUCAGAUGCCAUGUCCGUGAAUCUAUUCGUGAGCGUAUUCACAGCAUCCAUUAUCGUAUGGGUAACGCCAUUUGCCAUCGAUGGGAUAUUCUUUCUCCGCGAUGUGGGUUUCGUAUUGCUCUACGUAAGCUAUGUGGACUUAACAAUUAAGGUUUGCAACGGUUACAUAACAAUUGCCUGGGCCGUAUCGAUGUCUCUCAUAUGUCCCAUUUAUAUUGCGGUUGUCACUUGCGAUCAGUACCUUCAGUAUCGCAGGGAUAAGGAAUUGCGGGAGAAGGCAAAACAAGUCGCAGAGUCGCAGAGCAUUUUUAGCAAGCCAUCCCUCUCAUUCCCAACAAGUACUCCAGUCAGUCUUCUGGACAUGAGGCGACGCACUCAUAAGCCCAAUAGGCAUCUACUUCGGCAAUUCUUUCGGGUCUUUGACACCUUGGACAGAAAGGGCUUCAACAGCCAGUGGACCAUCUGCAAGAUGUGGGCCUUGGUUAAGGUGCCGCCUCUGAUUCUCUUGCGCCUAUAUAUACCACAAAUGUACUUCCACGAUUGCGGCUACACGUGGUCCAAGCUGCUCUGCUGCAUCCAGAUUUUCCUCACACCGACAACAAUCAUUGUAUUGAUCGUUCAUAUCUAUUUAAAACUACACAAAUGGACUCUACCCGCUUUUGGGAUCUGUUGUGGCAUAACCAUACCACUAUCGGGCCUAGCCUUUCUGCAUUCGCGCACGGACACGGUGCCCCGCUGGUACAAAUACAUGGCCAUAUUGAACGUGAUAGGCAGCAUUUUUGUGCUCUACGUGGCGACCAAAGAGCUGGUUGCCGUGGUCGAAACUGUGGGCAUUACACUCAACCGCAGUCAUACGUUCAUCGGAUGCACCCUCUACACUUGGGGCUGUUGCCUAACUGAUACUAUGGCAAAUGCGGGCAUGGCCCGCAAGGGUUUUCCCCGGAUGGCCUUUUCCGCUUGUUUCGGGUAUAUCAUGUUCUCUACCUUUGGGGCCGUUUGCAUGCCAGUUUUGUAUAAUGUUAUAAUUUCGCCACCAGGUGAAUUUCGAAUCACCGAGGGUACCGUUGGCGAAUCGGCCUCUAUUAUGCUCAUCAUAGGUCUCGUUAUGAUCAUUUUUUACGGCAUUACCACUAAUUUUAUGUUACGUCGAUCUGGCGCACUGCUGGGCAUAACCAUCUAUGGGCUAUUUCUAAUAUUUGUUGUUUCCAGUGAGUUCGAGCUGACUCAUGCUUUCGGUACAGAUCACAGCCUGGAUCGCAGCCAGUUCGAUGAGAGUUACACAUGAGAUUGAUUUAUUUAAUAUUUUCGCAACACAAAAACAUUGAAAACGCUGUCAGAAUAAACAGCUAGAGCGGUUGAUAAAA